CUUAUCAUUACAAUGUCUGCAUCAAUCAGUACUGAAAGAAGAAUUAUUCUUCGAGCUUUUGGAGCUGAGAUUGUUCUCACAGAUCCUGCUAAAGGGAUGAAGGGGGCUGUUCAGAAGGCAGAGGACAUUUUGGCUAAGACACCAAAUGCUUACAUGCUACAGCAGUUUGAAAAUCCAGCCAACCCAAAGAUCCAUUAUGAGACUAAUGGGUUACAGAUAUGGAGAGGCUCAGGAGGGAAAGUUGAUGCCUUUGUUUCUGGAAUUGGCACUGGUGGCACAAUAACAGGUGCAGGGACAUUUCUUAAAGAACAGAACCUCAAGAUAAAUCUAUAUGGUAUGGAGCCAGGUGAAAGUCCUGUUCUAUCCGGUAGAAAACCUGGUCUGCAUAAGAUCCAAGGAAUAGGCGCUGGCUUUGUCCUAGGAGUUUUGCAAGUCAAUGUUGUUGAUGAAGUUAUUCAAAUGUCAAGUAAUGAAGCAAUUGAGGCAGCAAAGCUUCUUCCCCUGAAAGAAGGUUUACUUGUGGGAAUAUCAUCUGGUGCUGCCGCCGCCGCUGCAAUUAAGAUUGCAAAGAGACCCGAGAACGCUGGAAAACUUAUUGUUGUAAUUUUUCCAAGCUUUAGAGAGAGGUACCUGUCUUCUGUGCUAUUUGAAUCCGAGAGGAAGGAGGCAGAAAACAUGGUGGUGGAGCCCUGA